AUGGAUGGCACUGCUUUGGAUAAUCCCACUCUCUACAGACAAUUGGUUGGUGGUCUUGUCUAUCUAACUGUUACUCGACCAGAGAUUGCUUAUCUUGUUCAUGUUGUUAGCCAUUUCUUAUUAGCACCCCACACUACUCAUUAUGCUGUUAUUCUUUGGAUUCUUAUAGGUACUAUUUUUCAAGGUCUUUAUUUUUUCACACAAUCUUCUUCAAUACUUCAAGCACAUGCUGAUGCUGAUUGGGCUGGAGACCCCACUGAUUGCCAUUUUACUAUUGAUUACUAUAUUUUUCUUGGUGACUCUCUUGUCUCCUGGCGUGCCAAGAAACAAACUUUUAUAGCUCAAUCAAGCAUUGAAGCAGAAUAUCGUGCUCUGAUUGACCCUUCUACUAAGGUCAUUGCAAUUUGUUGGAUUCUUGAAGAUUUGGGGACUACUCAAUCUUUUUCUACUAAUCUCUAUUGUGAUAAUGGAAGUUCUAUUCAUAUUGUCCAUAAUAAUAUCUUUCAUGAGCAAACCAAAUACAUUGAGAAUGAUUGUCAUUUUGUACAAUAA